CUGAGAGAAGAGAGAGCAGAUUGGUUGUUAUUCAGCUGCAUCCUGCAGCAGCCAGUCUGCAUGUCUGUUCGAGGCUCGGAAGGGAUUAUAAUCACCGCAACCUUGCCAACAAGCUUUUCUCCCUCUCUCUCUGUAGAUCGAUUACGUAACCGUGCUACAAUAAAUGCAAUCUCCAGUAACAUGGUGUGCAGUGACAUGGGUCUGGGUGAGGAAGUUUGUCAACACGCAUGGAGAAAGAGGCUCAUUUCGCUUGUAGUUGCAGCGUCAGAGGAGUGGAUCCUUAUCUGACUGUCAUCUUCUUCCUCCUCCAUCCCCUCCUCCUCCUGCUGCUUGGGUUUCUGCGGGGAAAUAAAAAGCUCCUGUGAUAGACUAGACUUAGACAGGCUGCAAUAAGACGCGCCCACUCUUGGUUGCGCACUUCUUGGAAAAUAAAGUCAUACCUGCUCCAGAUCCAGAUCCAGCCUCGACUGCAGCAUCCAGACAGAGGGGGAUUCAUUGGAAGGAUAUACGGCUGUUUUACUCCUUAAAAACUCACACUUAUAAACAAAUAAGAGAUGGUUCUUCAGAGGAUUUUCCGUGCUGUCAUUAUGGGACCUCCAGGGUCUGGGAAGGGAACAGUUUCGGCACGGAUAACCAAAACUUUUGCACUGAAACACAUCUCUAGUGGGGACAUUUUGAGAGCCAACAUCAACGCCAAAACCGAGCUCGGCCUGCUGAUGAAGUCCUGUAUUGAUCAGGGUCAGCUGAUACCUGAUGGCGUCAUGUCUCGUCUCAUCCUGAGUGACCUGAGAGCGAUGGACCAGAACAGCUGGCUGCUCGAUGGUUUCCCUCGCACAGUAUCCCAGGCAGAGGCUCUAGACUGUGCUUACACUGUGGAUACAGUCAUCAACCUCAAUGUACCUUUCCAGACAAUCAAGGAGAGGCUCACCUCGCGCUGGACUCACUUUCCCAGCGGCCGAGUCUACAACACUGAUUUCAACCCGCCUAAAGUCCCUGGUCUCGAUGAUGUGACAGGGGAGCCUCUGGUCCAGAGGGAAGAUGACACACCAGAGACGGUCACACGGAGACUGAAGGCUUAUGAAAACCAGACAGAGCCUGUCUUAGAGUACUACAGGAGUAAAGGUGUACUAAAGAUCUUCUCUGGCACAGAAACCAACAAGAUCUGGCCGCACGUCGAGGCGUUCCUCCACAGGAAACUCUCCUCCGUCAAACAAAAAGCUGCAUAGAAAGCCCGAACCGAGAGGCGCAAGAAGGGUUAAAGUUUACUCGCAGAAAAACGCUCUGCAAGCACCGUCCAAUCAGGUGCCACUUUCUGUGAGAAAAAGAGAAGAGCCGUCUGUGUAAUUAUACACUCUGAAUGUUCAAAGCGAGGAGUAAGACUGCAGAUGUUGUUGGAGGAAAACUUCACUGUUGCACUGUUUCCACAUUGUCGCUGAAAUUAGUUUGGGGAAACUCUCAGGAUGUAUGCAUACAGUCCGUCAAACAUGAAUCAUUGUCUCUUUAUUUAACAAUGUGCCUUAUAAAGCCAGGACUUCACUGAAUCAAGAUCUUCAGCAGUAGAAUAUCAAGGUUACGUUCACUAGAUGUUUUUAAGUUUUAGGUUUUCUAACUUUCUUAGAUGAUGGCAGCAACACUGAAAACAAUUGGCACACCAGCAACAAAAUAUUUUGAGCUAAAUAAGAGAUUUUAUUGUUAGAAAUCAUUUGAAAGCAAUAUUGCAGGCGUGCAUAACUUGUCUUUUUGAGACUGUUUCUUAUGCAAUGGGAAUUACUAAAGGGAAUUGUUCUACAAAUUACUGUAAUUUCACUUUUGCAGGAGUGCCUUUUGCUGCUUUCGAAAAUAUAACCGGUAGCUCAGUGAAUGUAGUUUGUAUGAAAAGAAAAUUAUUAUAUUGAAUAUUUAAAAAUUUUAAUGAAACCAUCUUUGUGUAACAGCUUCUUUUAACCACCUUAAGUCUUAAUUGUGUUGUCUCUGAAAUAUGCCACAGUGUCUCCAUUUUAACCAGGCGUUCCUUGUUAUGACCAAGCCUCUAAAUGUAUACUCAUAUUUGCCAUUUAAUGUGACUUGACAACUGAAUUGAAUAAUGUAUUAACUUAAAACAUUGAAGAACAGUUUGUACAGGGCUAUCAUGUUGUUCGAAGACAUCACAGCAUUCAAGGUCAAUCUGCAGCUCUGUGUUUUUGUACUUAAGAAUGUUUCACCACGUUAAAAGCCACAGAAAUGCUAACUUGCCUUUUAAAAUGUACUGUAGCCUCAUUUAUGCAGUGAAUGUUUCCUGAACUGUACUGUGUAUUUCUUAAAACACUUGAAUACAAUAUUUAAAUGCACAUCUCUUCAUAGACAACCGUGUCAUGAGUAUUUAUUAUGAAUCAUUAGAAGCUUCUGAUACUAGCUACUGUAUGUAGUAUAUUAUUGUACACCAGAAUAACACAACUGGAGAACUUCCCAGUUAUUGUUUUAAUUUGACUAAUUAUGACAGUAACACACCGAUUCAGCAUUGUUUUCUAUAACACUGUCUGACUCAUGAGGGACAGUUUAACAAAAAUAAAAUCAAAAUUGACGCAGCAGAA